CGGUAGUGCGUGCGUAUCUCGCUCGUGGCGUACAGUGAUUUUUGUAAUAAUACAUCGCGUUAUGUAAUAUUAUUUUCAUUAUACUAUAACUGUACUAUAACUAUAUUGUUAUUUAUUCAUAACGUGAAUAAAACAGUUUUACACGCAUGAGUUAAUUGAUUUUGCGUAAGUCCGAUUUUAAUUUAAAAAAAUUCUUAUCGAACAUCUUAGUUUCGGCCGGCUGAAAGCGCCGGAAAGAAAAACUUGUAAUUAUUUCUUUGCGGUCUGCGUCUCUCGAUACCUUUAAUAUAUUGAAUACGAAUAAAAGUAUCAAAAACAGUUUUUGUAUACAAUCGCGUGCGUUAUUUGUGUCGGCGUCGUGCCCGCCAUAAAUGUCAUCGGCACCGUCCGUGUCUACACCAUCAGCACCGUCAACGCGAUGAUUGCUUCGGAGACCCGUAACCACUGCGCCGCCGUAGUCAUGGAUUUGAGCACGCGGGCCAGUUCCGGCGGUGGAGGCGAUUCCAACGACGGCGGCAAUCACGGUCGCCGGCGCAGCGGCAGCGGUAGACCGGCCAAGUCGGUGUUUUCCAUCAGAAGUUUGGUAGGCGAGGACACCGUUCGCGGCCGUUGCGACCGGGACGUCGACGGCAGCGGCGAUGAAGAUGACAGAGACGAUCACGCAGCGGCGGCGGCGGCAGUAUCGGCGGUAGCCAUAUCGGCGUCGGGAGUGGCCGCAGUAGCGUCGGCCGACGAAAGCCAUGGACUUCAGAAAGACCAUCAGUCGCAGUCGGGAGAGUGUGCGCUGACGCACGCGACGGUGCCGUUCGACGAUCAGCGACGCACGGCCGCGGCCACCGCGGUGGCCAUGGCUGCAGCCGCGACCAUGAUGCGAGAGAGGUCAGCCGUCGUAGCGGCGGCUAUGGCGGUCCAACAACAACAACACAAACAGCAACAACAACAACAACAACAGCAGCAGCAGCAGCAACACCACCAAAUGCAACAGCAGCAGCAGCAGCAGCAACAACAACAGCAACACUGUAGGUCUUUAAUGGCCGGCAGUGGUGGCCGUGGUCCCGGUUACGAUUACUAUUCGUCCCCGCCGCCCGGUUACUACGGCAGCGGCGGCGGCGCCGUGGACGACGAUAACGGCGCGGACGACGACGUGGAAAACGGCGGAUGCGACGACCACGACGGCGACGGCAGAGACGGGAUCGUGGACAUGAGCGGUGCCGGUGCCGGCCACGACGCUUCGGCGGACAACGAUGACGAUUGCUACGGCGGUCCGCCGUCGGCGGGCGGCACAAACAAGAGGAAACAGCGCCGGUACCGGACCACGUUCACCAGCUACCAGCUGGACGAGCUGGAGAAGGCGUUCGGCCGGACUCACUACCCGGACGUGUUCACCAGAGAGGAACUGGCGUCGAAAAUAGGACUGACCGAAGCCAGAAUACAGGUAUGGUUCCAAAACCGACGGGCGAAAUGGCGCAAACAGGAGAAAGUCGGUCCACAGGCUCACCCGUACAGCGGCGGCGGCGGCGGCAACCCGUACUUGGGCGUGCCCAAUUCCAUGUCGGCCGGCCGCCACAGCCCGUCCGGGGCCGCGCUCAGUCCGCUGCCGGCCAACCCGCCGUUCAUGAUGACAGGCGGCAUGGGCUUGGGCGGCGGUGGCCCGUUGGGAAUGGGCAACAUCGGUCUGGGCAGUCACCAUUUACUGCACGCCGGCCACCAUCAUCAUCACCAUCACCAGCAGCAGUUGCAGGCCGCGGCUGCCAUGGCCGCCGCGUUGCGCGGCCACCACCACCAGCACCAUCACUCGGGCAACGGUGCGGCGGGCAGAUCGUCGCCACUGCCGCCGACCUCGCAAGCCCUGUCGACCGUCGCCGCGGCCGCCAUGGAACUGCAACUCCAGCAACAGCAACAGCACCAACGUAGCAACGGGGCCGCCGCGGCCGCGGCCGCCGUCGCAGCGGCUGCAGCCACCUUCCGCGGUUAUCCGUCUCAGCUACAGCAGAGAUCGCCGCCCGGAAACGACAGCGCCCCGACCACUCCGCCCGCACCGAACAGCAACUCAUCGCCGCCGCCGCCCACAAUUCCGCUGCAGCCGACGCUCUACCAUCCGGCGCCGGUGCAGGCCGCGCCGCCGGCCGUGCCGUCUCCGCACCAUCUCCACCACCACCACCACCACCAUCCCUACGCCGCCGCUUAUCAUCAACACCUCCGCGGUGGCGUCGGCGGCCAGGGAUACCAACAUCACCACCAACAGCAACAGCAGCAACAACACUUCAACAGUCUGCUGGCCAACAUGGCCAUGGCCGCGGCCGCGAUGCGACCGUCCGCCGGUGUCGGCGGUGGCGGCGCUCGGUCGCCACCGCUUUCGCUGGCGCAGCCGACGCCGUCGGCCAUACUGCACCCGCCACCCCCGCCACCGCCACCGGGUCUGCUCGCCGUACCGCCGCCGCCCGCGCGGUCCGACACGUCGACCACUUCACCGCCGGCCGCCGUGGUCCGCGGAGGCGGCAGUCGGAGCUGCAGCGACAGGAGCAGCCCGGCCGGGUCGGACGGCGGCGACGCGUCCCCGGCGGACCCGCUGGCCGCAGCCGCGGCCGCCGAACUGAACCGCCGGUCGUCCAGCAUCGCGGCGCUCCGCAUGAAGGCCAGACGUCACCGGGACGAGAUCCGCUUGCGCGGCGGUAGCAACGCCGGCGACGACGCGGCGACCACCAACGGCGGCCGCUGUUCUUCGUCGUCGUCGCUCUCGUCGUCCACCUCGUCUUAAUCGCUCUCCCCCACCCCCACCAAACACCUCCCCGUCAGCUGUCGCCCGUCUCCGAUGGCCGCGUGUACUUUCCGCGGUACACAUGUGACGUCGGUGCCGCGUCGUUUCGCGUUUUCGAAUUUAACUUUACAAUAUGCACGUCAUUUAUACGUAAUAGAAAUAAAAAAAAUGUUUAAUAUAUUAUAUUCAAUCCUACAAGUGUCUGCCGGCGUACGGCUGAAUGCUUAUAACAGUGGAAAACAGUCUUUGCCGACGGUGUUCACCCGCAGUUGUCAGUUACAUCGCAUACAUAUUUUUAAGGUUUAAUUCCGCGGACAUGGCGUACCGCGUAUAUAUUUCCGUUUCGAAGUGUGUGUGCGUGUGCGCAAGUACGCGGCUAUAUAAUUUACAGCGACUGUGUAUAAGUAGGUAUGUGCUACUGCGGGCCGUCGACGUAUUUUCAUCAUAUUUUUAUUACAAUAUAAUUUUUAUACCGUUCUGGUACGGGCCGCCGGCGGUGGCCAUCAUCAGCCAAUAACACAUGUAAUAAUAGGUAUACGCGGUCGUAUGAUGCGACGAUAAUAUUAUUAUUACCCGCGUCCGGAGAGUAUUAUACACGAAUCGCUCCCGUAUAAAAUAAUUAAAUCUAAUAACGAUUAGGUCGGUUUUUCAUUUCUUUCGUUCCGUGUUACGACGAUGAAUCGGGAGGCGGAGAAAUCGGCCCCGUCCGCUGCGCAUCCCGUCUCCCCUCCCCGGCGGCGCGGUCAUAACGGUGGCACAACCCGUACGACGGGCCGCCGACGGACGGUUUCUGCCGCCCGCAGCAGUCGUCGCCGUCGUCUUCGUCGUCGACAGAUCGAUAAUAAAGCCACUCGACGAGGACCGCGACGACGACGGCGUUCUACGCGAUAUAAUAAUAUAUAAUAUACCCGGCCGUACACGCACGGGGUAUACAAUGAUAACGAUAUAUAUAUAUAUAUAUACUAAUAACAACGCGCGUUUUCCCGAAACAUAAUAAUAUAAUGUAAUGACGACGAGACAGGUAAUUGGUAUUUUAACGAACCGAACGUGACGUUGCUCAAAAGCGAGCGCGGCGGCGCAAAACGAAUCGAAAACGAAAUCGAAUUAAAAACCAUAAACGAAUCCCAUCUGCUUUUAAAAAACCCUCACCGCCCACACGAAUCCACUAUGUGCACAAGCUGCCGUGUGACGUCGGCGGUCGAGUAAAUCGUAUUAUAUAUUGUGGGGCACGCUCUUCGUAGAAAAUCUGUAUUGCUGUACCGCGAUCGUCGUUUCGCCAUCAAUCAUUUCCCGAUGGAAUUUCGGAAAACAGAGAAAUACAUUUCGAGCGGGUGCACUGUGUUAAUCGUUAUCGCCGCGUGCACAUAGGCCGUGCGUACCGGACAUUUAAUAUUAUAUUAUAAUUUCUUAUUUAUAUGGGCACAGUGCGUAUAUAUUAUAUAAUACAUGCGCGUGUGUGCGCGCGCGUGACUAAUUAAAAGAAACAUUUUUGUUAUCAAUCAAUUUACACACGGACAACGAUAACGCGUGAAAACAGAACGACGUUAAUAUGUGGGUCGACUUAUCGUGACCUAACGUAUACUAUCGUACACACGUACCACGCAACCCGUUAUCACAUAGGCCUGUUUUUCCGACGUUACGCGUCGCGAGCCCAGACACGGGGCGGUCGUCUAGUGACCUAACGCAAUUAUUAUCACCGACACCCUCGGAUAUCUCGAAUCAUAUCUCUAUAAAUUCACGGGACCGGUCUAUUAUGAUGGGCAACGUGGUGCGACGUGAGCGCUACAGUAGCCUGACCGGGGAAAAGUCGGUAAAAUUCGACCGUUGUGCGUACAAAUCGUAUAUCAUAUACGUUUUCAUUUUUUUUUUUUUUUCGAAAAUUAUUAUACCUAGUAGGCAGUGGUAUCUCUGCUAUUAGGUUAGCUCGCGCUAAUCGAAACUUCUUGUAAUUACACGGUAAACCGACGGCGGCGGCGGCGGCGACGACGACGACGACGACCAUAUUAUCGUGUUUAUACGUAGGGUCUGUAACUAGCAGGUAGUAGUCGUAUAUAUAUAUAUAUAUAUAUAUAGUGUAUAGUAUAGUAGUAAUAAUCGUAAUGUAAUUAUCUUACUAUCGUAUUUUCGCGAUUAAUAUGUAUAUAUACCUAUAAUAUAAUUAUACAUUUUACUGUAGUCCGUAUGUACGGUAUGUUUGUGCAACGCGAAAUUAAAUAAAAAAUUGUAAAAACCAAGUAGUUGCUGCAGCCGUAUACUAUGUUUUCGCGGAUACGUGCCGCGGCCGUGGUAAUAAUAGUAUAUGAGACUGUAUAUGUAGGUAAUAUACUAUUAUAAUAUUAUACACCACUAUUACAGCUAUUAUACGCGGGACCGAUGUAUCUGCUGUAAACGUGUAAUGUAUGAUAAUAUGGUAUGGGUUAAGGGGAAAAUAUGUAUAUUAUAUAGGCGAGCCCAGUGAUCCAAUUAUCGUCGGCUCGAGCACAAAAUAUGACACGUGUAAUCAAUCGCGUGUUCUCGCAUAAUACUAUUCGUUUUAUUUCUCAAACUGUUAGUUGUACAUACUAUUAGGCACAUAACACGAACGCGCGGUACGUUUCAAAUACGACUUGCCAAAGCUCUGCAGUAGUCGUCGUCGCGAAUAUUGUACGUGCAUUAUUGUAAACGACGUACCUGCGUACAAUAUUACGACCACGAUGAAUGUACGUCUCUUAUCGUACGAGCGUAAGUUCGUUGUAAGUUAGGUAUAUUGUUAAUUCGUAUUAUUUUAUUUUAUUUAUCUUACAAUAAUGUAUGUAUACUUAAUCCUAUUUAUUGUUACGCGUGAAUAUAGUAUAAUACACGUUUUAUGUAUAAGUGAACAAAAGUGUACGAUAAAAACAUUUUGUAAUAAUUACAUUGUAAAUCUUGUUACGAUUACGAUUAUUGUGUUAAUCGAAUUCAUAUAUUAUUUACAUUUUAUACUUUAUUUUAUUUUUUUAUAUCAUAAAUUGUACAUUUCAAACAUACCUAUAUACAUGAAUGUACAUACAAAUAUUAUUAGCAGAGCCGCGUGAACAAUUUUGCGUAAAUGUGUUAAUUAUUAACAUUCAAUAAACACGUAUAUUAUGUAUAUUUACUUUAUAAUGCUAUACUAUAUAGUAUAAUCUGCCUUGCAACGAGCUGGCGACUUUAACGACGUGUAUGAUUGUUUACGGCAGGUGC